AUGCAGCAAAAGAUGCAAACUGCAUUUCCGGAGGCUUCCACGAAACAUAUGUCUAACGUACCUUGGCCAAAACCGCUCCAGGUAGAUGAGGGGGACAUUUACGAAAAUUUUCAACUGUUUAAAGCAAAUUGGAAAGUUUAUGUAAAGGCAACAGGUAUGGAUCAGUGGUCAGCAGAUAGAGAAGAACAGAAGGUGAAUAUUUUAUUAUCAAUAAUUGGAGAUGUUGCAAAGGUUAAGUUUAACAAUUUUUCUUUAACCGAUGAUGAAAAGAGCAAUGCCGAUGAAAUGUUGAAUACCAUUGGGGAACGAUGCCAAUUUGAUAAGAUUAACCCGCAAGAGUUAAAAAAGAUGAUGCUAAGAGACCGAGUAGCAUUUGGUAUUCGUGAUGACCAAUUAAAGAAAAAGUUUCUACGAGCUGAUCCGGACAAGUUGACGCUAGAUGAAGUGAUCCAAACGUGUAAAGUGAAUGAAGUUACAGAAGAUCGUUUUAAGAAUAUGAACAAUGAAGAAAAGGUGGUUAAUAAGAUUAAAGGUGCUAAAAACAAAGAUCAGACAACUUUCAAACAUAAGUGCAAAAAGUUUGUUGUUAUAAAGGAAAACCAGUUGAUCACAAAGAAACAUGUUAAAGAAAUAGUUGAAGACGAAGGUGAAUUUGAAGAUGCAUCUGAGAGUGACGAUGCUGAGUUAACGAUACAUAAGAUUACGGAUAAUUCGGCGAGAGGUGGUAAUGUUCAAGCAGAGUUAACGUUGAAGUUCAACGAAAGAUGGAAGACGAUGAACUGUGAACUCGAUACCGGUGCUAACAUUUGUGUAAUCGGGUAUGAAAAUCUACUAGAAGCCUGCGAGGGUCAACUUCCUGAGCUGAGGGAGUCCGACACCAACCUAUGUGUUUUUAGAGGAGGUCGAAUGAAGGUCGUAGGUGAAGUACUCGUGCCGUGCAAACGUAAAGAAGCCACCUAUCGUAUUUGUUUUAAAGUUGUCAAUUACAAACAUGGUCCGAUAUUAUCAGCAAAUGCAUGUUCCAAGCUAGGGCUCAUACAGUUUUGCAAUAAAUUAAAAGUCGAGGUAGAAAAUUCAUUGCAAGUUGAAGCUGAGAAUAUUAUAAACGACUACAUGGAUGUAUUUGAAGGAUAUGAUCGAUUUCCAGGCGAAGUUGAGCUAGAGAUUGAUCAAAACGUUAAUCCGGUCAUUCAAAAAGCACGCAGAAUACCGAUAAGCCUGAGAAAGAAGCUUAAAGAAGAGUUAGAUAAAUUAGUUCAAGAAGGUAUUUUAACACGAGAAGAUCAGCACACCGAAUGGGUCAGUAAUAUUCUAAUAGUGAAGAAAGGUACUUCGUUUAGGAUAUGCUUGGAUCCAAUCCCACUUAACAAGGCACUAUUACGUCCAAACUACCAGUUUACCACUAUCGAUGAAGUCGUUCCAGAACUGGGUAAUGCGAAGGUGUUUAGUACAGUCGACGCAACAAAGGGAUUUUGGCAGUUAAGAUUAACUGAAGCUAGUAGCAAGUUGACUACUUUCUGGACUCCUUUUGGAAGAUUUCGUUGGAAUGUACUACCAUUUGGGUUAAACGUCAGUCCUGAGAUUUUCCAGAUGCGAUUGAGAGAAAUGGUACAAGAUUUAGAAGGUGUCGAAGUGAUGGCCGAUGACUUUAGCCAAAUUAUUUGAGAGAUGCAGGAAGUAUAACUGUAAGUUAAAUAAAUCUAAGUUAAGUUUAUGUAAGACUUCAGUAAAAUUUUAUGGUUUUGAAUUAAGUGAUCAAGGACUAAAAGCAGAUAGUUCUAAAAUCCAAGAUAUUCAAAAUACGCAGCAACCUAAAGACAAACAAACAUUACAUAGAUUUUUAGGGUUAUGCACAUAUUUAAGUCGUUUUAUUAGGAAUUUUAGUUCUGAAACUCAUAAUUUGCGAA